UCAUGCUGCUGCCAGGUCCAGAGUGUCUCAUGGGUCCCUGUACGGCCUCCUAUUGCUGCUGUCUCCAUCGCCACACUGUGUCAUGUGCCACUUUCAGGUCUCCUCACACUGCUGGUGGGUUCCAUUUUGUCAUAGGUGCUGGCAGAUUACGGGCCUCCCAUUGCUGCUGCCAGGCCCCGUAAUCUGCCAUGGGCCCCUGUACCGCCUCCUCAUGCUGCUGCCAGGUCCAGAGUGUCUCAUGGGUCCCUGUACGGCCUCCUAUUGCUGCUGUCUCCAUCGCCACACUGUGUCAUGUGCCACUUUCAGGUCUCCUCACACUGCUGGUGGGUUCCAUUUUGUC